UUUGAACUGGCAGCAUCAGUUAUGCAAGAAUCCCAGGCCAAACCCAGACAUUAAGACUUUAUUCCAGGACCAUACCUGUACGCCUGCUAAUGGUCCCCUUGCAUCCACACCUGUCAAUCUUCCUGUUGCUGCAGUUGCAAAACCUGCCGCUUAUACUUCACUUGGAGCUCAUGGACCCUUUCCGCCUGCUGCAGCUGCGGCUAAUGCUAAUGCGUUAGCAGGUUGGAUGGCCAAUGCCUCCGCCUCUUCAUCUGUCCAAGCCGCUGUUGUUACUGCAUCAUCCAUUCCUGUUCCACAGAAUCAAGUUUCAAUCUUGAAACGCCCAAGAACUCCUCCAGCUGCGCCAGGUAUGGUUGAUUACCAAAGUCCUGACCAUGAACAACUGAUGAAACGACUUCGGCCAGCUCAAUCUGUUGAGGAGGUGACAUGGAAUAUCUUCUCUAGAUCUCCUGUUUUGCAA